AUGGCCGUCCCGUCUCGUCCUCAGCCCGAAGCGACAGCUCCCGGCCUGCCUGACCACGUCCGUGGCCAGCUCGAGGAGAUCUCUCGGAGAACGCCACGCUACUUGUUCCGCUUUCAUCACUCACGUUCAGGAGGCGACGCCAAGCUCAACACACGAGAAGCUAUCAUUACUCAUGCAGACCUGCAUGGCAACUUUCCGGACAGUGUCUACGACUUACCGCUGGAACGUCUGAGAGAGUUGGUCACCGCCCAUUUGUCAAACCAGGAUUGCGACAGCCCUUUCUCCUCGUGGUCACAUUCCCUCAAUUUCGUGUUAGCCCGUUGUGCAGCCAACGUCCCUGGCGGCUCAAUGAGCAUCUUGGACACUAAGAAACUGCCUGCGAGGAACACUGUGUUGUACACCGCAGCAAUGAAGCCGGUCAUCGGCGCAAAAGUUAAUUUCUGGGAAUACCUCUGCUUUGGAACAGUGGUGUCUGGUGAGGCUCACCGAAUCGUAUCAUACGAGCGACUUUUGCGACGCGGCUCUGAAUUCUUUCCUGCCAGGGAGCUUCCUGUCGGUCACCCUCAUCCUGGAUUUUACCAGAUCCUUUCCGAGAAAGACGUCUUGGAACAAGCGAAGCACGUGGUGGAACUGUUCGACGAUCACUUCCGACUGCCCGUAACAAUCUUCCUGCUUGCGCAUCACUACGCGGACAUACCUGAAGGGCUUACACGCACUCUACGACCUGCGGACGUUCCUGUUGAGUGGUGCGAUGACCCAGCCAUCAUCAAGAAGGGGUAUGCAUUGGCUUACCCCUAUCUCGACGCAACCAUCGCAAUCGACUGCUUCCGGAAUCUGGUCUCCAAGUUCAGACCAGAGAUGAAGAUGAGUGGGGCAGCGCGGAUGGCGCAUGUCAAGCAAUUGAAGUGGCGAGCUAACAUGGACAUCCUCAUAGAUGAGUUGAGGUCGGAGACGGAGGAGGAGGAGGAGGAGGAGGAGGAGGAAAUUCUGGAUGCAUCAUCAGACGGCGACGACCGAGGAGAAAAGAUUCUGACGAUCACUGACGAUUCGGGAAGGAGUGUACCUGCAACUCCUCGACAGAAGAAGGAGCUUAAAAGAUUGAGGAUCGAUAUGAUUUGGUGGCCUGAGAAGCAAGAGCAGCAUUCCAAUGAGGUUCGCGAGGACGAAGACACUAAUGCUGAGAUGACAGAUGUGGCCGACGACGAGUUUUGUACGAGUUGA